UUGAGGUUAUAAAGAAUAAAGGAUUGUAAUUUGAGGUUAAAACAAAAAAAGUUAUCUAAAAAAUUUGUUCACUGUUCAAAAUAUCGAAAAAAAAUUAUUAAUUAUGGCUAAAAGUUUAACAUUAUGUCGUAUAUUAUCUAAUAAUUUAUUCCGCAUACAGCCUACUUGUCAAAUAAAUGUUCGAUACCUAUACUCAAAAGAAGCACUAGGAAUUGAUGGAUAUGAACAAACUCGACAACGUGUAUCAACACAAUUCACAAAUAUGGAAGAAAAAUUCAAAACUAAAAUGGAAGAAUGCGUUGAUCCAAAAGCCGCUACAAUGAUAUUUACCGAAGAUUUAAAGAAUAUGAUACAUCUUGCUAAACCUGAAGAACGUGAUCUAAAAUUAAUUCAUGAUAUGAUUCUAAGAUUUAAUAAGCAAAAUACAUCUUUACGUUUUGGGAACUUUAUAUUUGGACCAGUUGUUAUGCGAAUGUUUUACUUUUUAAAUAAACCAGAAGAAGCUUUACAGUGCUUUAAAAAUCCAGAUUUAGAUGGAUUCUUCGAUCAAUUAAUGUCGUAUCAAAUUUUAAUGGAUUUACUAUUUAUUAACGGGAAAUAUGAUGAUGUUUUGGAAGUGUUCGAAAUAAUUCGAGCAAAGCAAAUACAAACAGCUAAAUUUCCGAAACAAGCUGUUGUUCUUACUUUAGCAUCUUUAUACAAAAAGAAUACGCCGGAAAGUUUGGACGCAGCAUUAAAAUUAUGGGAAGAAUUACGAACUGUUGGACAUGUGCCAAUUAGAAAAGCAUGUACAUUUAUGGCUGGUUUAGCUUUAAAUCAAGGAAAACCACAAAUUGCUUUAGAAGUUUUAUCAAAUAUCAACAAUCAGACAUAUAUGACAAUUCGUAAUCUGAAAGUAGCGGCAUUAUCCGAAAUUAAUCGAUUAGAAGAUGUUAUACAAAUAUUAAAAAGUGUCCUAGAAAUUGAUAGACCUGGCCAACAAAAAUUUACAUUUAAUAUUGAUGUAAUUGAAAAAGCAAACUCUGCUGUGCAGAAUUCAUCGAACAAAGAAAUUAUCACUACUUUUGAACGUAUCAUUACCCACCUAAAAGAAGGCGGCCAUAUUACAGAAAAUACAUUGGAUACCGAUUUAUGUCGAGAUGUUUUACCUAAUUUUAAUGCAAAUUUCAAUAGGAAUCCAAGGUUUAAUGACAAUCGACAAUAUAAUAAUCGACGAUUUACGAAUUCAGAAAAUCGUUAUGAACGGAAUUUCAGGCCACAACAAACGAGACCUGGAUUAGAAGAUUUACAAUAAAUUAUAUGUAAUGUAUAUUAGUUUUUUUAAUCGUUAAUAAACUGUUUAGUUAUAAUUUUUUUGAUCCAUUUUUAAGGUUCCGUAGCGAAACGGAAUAAACGUUUAUUUUCUAGAAUUAUCGGACAAAAUUGACUCAACCAGUCAUAAGUCUAGGAUCAAGCGUAGUAUUUAGCAGUCAUUUAAGAACCUCUAAAAAUUUGAAGACUUGUCAAGGUCGUGUCUUAUAACUUGAUUCCAUACGAAAAUUUUCAUUACUGGAAAACUUUUAAGGCAAAAAAAGAUCACAUUGAGCAAAGCAGUCGUUCUGAAAUGACUUGAAAAUACUACACCUGGCUCUAGUCUAAAAA